AAGAUCAACCAAAGAGAAACAUCAACAAACAUGGCUUCUGCUUUGAAGAAAUGCACUCAAUUAACUGGUUUAGCUGUUGCUAAACAUCCUCAUCACACUUUAACUAGUUACUACAAUAAAAUAUUGAGGGCAUUGGAAAACAUACCGAAAGAUGCCGCAUAUCGACAACAUACUUCAAAGAUAGUUGAAGAGCGACUCGCGAUUGUUAGUUCUGAACCUGACAUUGGCAAGCUUGAAGAAAAAAUUAACUGUGGGCAAGUUGAAGAGCUAAUUUUGCAAGCAGAAAAAGAAUUGAUGUUAGCUCGAAAGAUGACUAGUUGGAAGGCUUGGGAACCGUUGCAAAAAGAAGCACCUUUGAAUCAGUGGAAGUGGCCCAUCUAAAACGUGACUUCCAAAUACUUCAAUUAUUUGAAAAGUUAUUGCUAAAACAGUUCUAUAUUGCAAAAUUAGUUUCUCCUCUAAUAACUUUAAAAUAUUCAUUUUGUUACUUAGGAUAUUCUGCAUUUUUGAAAAUUUUAUUGUAAGAGAAAGCAGCCAUUAAAAUUAUUAAAUGUA